UCUGAUGCGCCUCCGUUCUAGUUCCCAGCUCAGCUCCUAGUUAGAUAGCCAAAACCCAAAUGGAUCUAAUCCACAAGAUCUUCAACCUCUUGCUCCCUCCGCUCGCCCUACUCGCCCUUCUCUCGUGGUUACCCCUUCACGUCGCCUUCGUAUUGCUCAGGCUCAUCAAGAGAUGUCUCAUGCACGUUGAGGAUGACGUCGCCGGAAAAGUUGUGCUCGUCACCGGAGCAGCCUCAGGGAUUGGCGAGCAAAUAGCGUAUGAAUACGCGAGGAGAGGGGCGUGCUUGUCUCUGGUGGACAUAAGGGAGGAAGACCUUGAGGCGGUGGCCGGGAAAGCGAGGCUGCUCGGGUCCCCGGAUGUGAUCACCAUCGGAGCGGAUGUUUCCGACGACCAUCACUCCCAACGUUUCGUUCACCGCACGGUCGACCACUUUGGCCGGCUGGACCAUUUGAUAAACAACGCUGGGAUCGCGAAACAUGGCCUCUUCGAGGAUCUUAGCCACAUAUCAGACUACACUCGCGUCAUGGAUGUGAAUUUCUGGGGAACGGUCUACGGGACCCAUUACGCCAUUCCUCACCUCAAAAAGAGCAGAGGGAAGAUUGCUGUCAUUGCUUCCUGUGUAGGAUGGUACCCCGUUCCAGGAUUGUGCUUCUACAGUGCUAGCAAGGCUGCUGUUAUUAGUUUCUACGAGACAUUGAGAACCGAAAUUGGGGAUUCUGUGGGCAUAACAAUAGUAACACCCGGACUCAUCAAGUCAGAAAUGACAAUGCCUCGGCAUUCCUCAAAGGGUAAAUCGAGAUAUAUUCUGGUGGAGUCCACGGAAAGAGCCGCGAAAGCGAUAGUGAGGAGCGCGUGCCGCGGGGACAUGUACUUGACGGAGCCAUUUUGGACGAGUGUCUUUUAUCCGUGGAAGGUCCUAUUUCCUCAGGUCACUGAGUGGUGCAAUCGCUGGAUUUACAUCACUCUGCCAAGGGCUUCAAGAAGCGCAGGGGCUUGAUCUUGAAGCGUCACAUUGCCGUCCAUUCAAACAUAAAUCGCAUCGUAAGUCCACUUUCAGAUCAAACAAUGAGCUGCUGUACAAGCUCAUCCUGUGGUUACUCCACGUGUAAUAUGAAGGACUAUGAAAGUAAUCUGAAUUCCAUGCAGGGCAGAGACCACAUAGCAAACCAGAGCAUAACCAAAAGCGUAAACUUACACGAAACACGAGCUAUCAUAGGAUUGUGAUUCCAUAUGUACAUAGGCUUUUUCGUCCAGGAGCAAAGGCACGUUUAUUUGGGGUGUAAGUACAGCUGAGCGAAUAUCAGUCAUGA